AUGGCAGAGUCGCUGGCAGAUGGAGCCGGGUUGGAAUUGGAGGCGCACGACAGACGGACGGGUCUUCAAAAAGUCAGUCGAGCUGAGAUCAGCGAAGAACAUUUGGACUUUGACGAGGAGGAGACUCUCAAAGGCGAUACGUUUGAGCCUCUAGCUCAGCUUGACGAUCGUCCUGCCGCCAAGACUCAGCUGUCACCUCUGAACACAAGUAUCACCCGCCCGACCCAGAGUGGAUCUCCGUACUCCAUCUUCUCCACGAGAGAGAAAUGGGUCAUUGUAGGUCUCAGUUCUCUCGCAGGCAUCUUCUCUCCGAUCGGAUCCAACAUUUACGUGCCUGCUAUUCCGUCCCUAGCAGACGCAUUCCACGUCUCGAACGAAAAGAUCAACUUGACCGUCACGUUGUACCUGGUCUUUCAAGCUGUCACACCUGCCAUCUGGGGUGCCGCAUCUGAUAGCUAUGGUCGACGUCCUGUAUAUCUCAUCAUCUUGCUCAUUUUUAUCGGAGGGUGUAUGGGUACCGCCCUCUGUCCCACCGAUUCGUAUUGGCUGCUCAUGCUCAUGCGAGCUGUUCAGUCGACUGGCGGAUCUGCAGUCAUUGCCAUAGGCACUGGAGUCAUUGCGGACGUGGCUGUCCCUCAGGAGCGAGGCAAAUUUCUCGGGGUCUUCAGUCUGGGGACGAACUUUGGUCCAUCGAUUGGUCCUUUCCUUGGAGGCAUGCUGGCAUAUACUCUGGGAUGGAGAUCCAUUUUUUGGUUCCUGCUUAUCACUUCAGCCGUCACCUAUGUCCUCGUGGCAUUAUUCCUCAGAGAGACACUGCGAUCUUUGGUUGGCAAUGGCUCCAUCGCACCACCGCCGUGGAAUCGUACAUUGCUUGACAUUUACAACACUCCGAAGGUGAAAACAGAUACGGAAGAAGUGGAAGUGACCCUCCCAGAGAAACCUAAAAGAGCUCCCUUCAAACCAUGGGCAUCCUUCAUGCUGGCAUUUGAGCCAGAUUUAUUCAUGAUGUUUUUCUACGCAUCGAUUUUCUAUUCUUUGUGGUAUGCUGUCCUAACGAUAUUCUCUACUCUGCUGCGUGACAACUACCACGUUAGUGAGAUAGUGAUCGGUCUAUGCUACUUUCCACAUGGACUCUGCGCUGGUCUCGUCUCCUUCGGCACGGGUAGAAUCAUGGAUGUCGUCUAUCGACGAGAGAAGCGUAGGGUCGGGGGAGAUCAUCGUGAAAAGCCAGAAGAAUUCCGAUUAGAGAGAGUUCGAUUCGUCUUCUUCCCGCCUUCUAUCUGUCUUCUGGUCAUUUCCACAAUCUGCCUGGGAUGGAGCUUUGAAGCCAAGGCUCCGAUCGCGGUACCCAUCAUUCUGAAUACGCUGGUCGGUAUCAGCUUGGGGUUCUUGACAACCGUCACUGUUUACGGUCUUGAUCUGUUCCCGGGCCAAGGAGGUGCUGCGACCGCAACCUUCAACCUACUCCGCUGCAUCCUCGGCGCUGUAACCGUAUCAGUUGUGCAAAUCAUCAACACGAGGUUCGGCGCAGGUUGGACAUUCGUCAUUUUAUCCGGUGUAUCGCUGAGUGGUACCCCCUUACCACUUGUCGUCCUCAAGUACGGUCCCGGAUGGCGAAUAAAGAGGUGGAAGAACGCCAAGGUGAAAUCGGAGGCGGACAGAAUCUCGGAGAUGAGAAGAUUAGAGGGCGUGAGAGCUGGUCAAGGGGAUGAAGAAGAGAGGGCAAAGUAG